AUGCAGGCUGGCCGAUCCUCCGAACGUCAGAUUUUGGCUGGGGACAUCGACCAGCUAAAAGUCAGAAAUGCCUCCAUCCCAGAUUUUGUCACCUACAACUUGCUGGUUCAUAUCACAGAUGAGAACUCAGACACUAACCAGAGUUUCUCAAAGCUGGCAGUGAACAGGGCUAAAGCCUCGACUUCCUCAGAGGUGAAAAGGGGGAUCCUUGGGGUGAACAACGCGCGGGGUCCCGGAGGACUGCGGACAGCUUGCGGAGGCAAGAAACUGCUCAACAAGUGCGCCGCCUCAGCCGCGGAGGAGAGCGGGGCCGGCAAGAAGGACAAGGUGACCAUAGCCGAUGACUACUCAGAUCCCUUUGAUGCCAAGAAUGAUCUCAAGAGCAAAGCAGGAAAGGGGGAGAGUGCUGGCUACAUGGAGCCCUAUGAGGCGCAGAGGAUCAUGACAGAAUUUCAGAGGCAGGAAAGCGUCCGGUCCCAACAUAAAGGUAUCCAGUUAUAUGACACCCCUUACGAACCUGAAGGCCAAAGUGUUGACUCGGACUCGGAGAGCACAGUCAGCCCCCGACUGCGGGAGAGCAAGCUGCCCCAGGAUGAUGACAGGCCCGCCGAUGAGUACGACCAACCUUGGGAGUGGAACCGAGUCACCAUCCCAGCCCUGGCAGCACAGUUUAAUGGCAACGAGAAGCGGCAGUCAUCCCCCUCGCCUUCGCGGGACCGGCGGCGCCAGCUUCGUGCCCCUGGAGGGGGCUUUAAGCCUAUCAAACAUGGGAGCCCCGAGUUCUGCGGGAUCCUAGGAGAAAGGGUGGAUCCUGCUGUUCCCCUGGAGAAGCAAAUAUGGUAUCAUGGAGCCAUCAGCAGAGGAGACGCUGAGAACCUGCUUCGACUCUGCAAGGAGUGUAGCUACCUUGUCCGGAACAGCCAGACCAGCAAGCAUGACUACUCCCUCUCCCUGAGGAGCAACCAGGGUUUUAUGCACAUGAAACUGGCCAAAACCAAAGAGAAAUACAUUCUGGGUCAGAACAGCCCUCCAUUCGACAGUGUCCCGGAAGUCAUCCACUACUACACCACCAGAAAGCUACCCAUCAAAGGGGCCGAGCACUUGUCCCUCCUCUACCCCGUGGCUGUGAGGACCCUGUGAGCGGACCAGACCUGCCCUGCUCUGUGACAGAGCCUGAGACUUGGAGGUGCCGGAGGCCCCCCACCAACCAGCCCGGCCACUGUUGCUGGCUGUGUCAUUUGUGUUGUGUGUAUGGUACUAGCACACCACUGCAUGUCUCUAGAAUGCUGUUGCCACUUACGGGGGCUGGAGAAGGCCUGGAUAAAGACAGAGGGGCGGCCAACACACCACCCCAGCCCCCACCCCCACCCUCUCCUUGAGUUUCUGUGAAUUAAAAUAUUUGCAAAUCCAAAGAGAUGCCUUCCAGGAUGAACAAAGGCAGACCAGCUCCGAGGGGUGGGGGUAGGGCGGGGCAGGAGCUCCCUGGCUGACAUCUCUUUGUUCUUCAGCUGUCUCGAAUUCACACCUGUGUACGGGGCAAAGUUUUCCCACAGGGGCCCCCAACGGAUGCUGGGAGCCAAAUGCUGGUGCUUUGAGAGUCCCGGAGGUGCUGGCGUUCCACCCCCGCUGGUGUGUGUGUGUGUGUGUCUGUGUGAGUGUGUGUGUGAGUACAGAUAUGAGAAUGUGGUCACACACAGAUGGGUAAGCCCGCUGAUCUACUUGUAGUCACUCAGUGUAAUCAUUAGGCGAUCUUCAAGGAAUCAUUAUGCAGUCAAAAAGAGGAUUCAAUUAUUUAUGAAUAGGGUAUGUAAAUAAAAUAGUCAUUUAAUAUA